GAAUUUUUCCAUAGAAACCGAUAAACACUAAAAACACAGUGAUUUCGUUCAGAUAAUGGCUGAGAAACCUUAUCAUCCAGUUGCCCAGGGAGGAUUUUGGAAUACAGCCCAACCUCCUAUUAGUAAACAAACACAACAACUUCUUAAAACGGCAAUGCAAGAGUCACGUUUAACGAGCUUCCAGCAAAGACAGCUAAAUGAUGCGUUGAAAAAUGGUCAAGCAUUACCUGUUAGAUGUAAUCCAACGAGCAGUGCGAAAAAGCAAAGCAAACAAGUGGUCACAUUGCCAAAAGGUCCAAGAGUAGAUCCGAGAAAAUUGAAUAGCGGAACAAGAAAAUUAAAGGAAAUUACCUCUUCCGGGGCUUAUGAAAGGGAUAGAUACAAUCCUGAGCCAAUUAAUCAGUUUAAAAUUAGAGAUAAGGAAAGACUGCAAAAUAUUAUGGCCUUUGGAGAGGAUGUGAAACCUCCCACUUUAGAAGACCUUAAGGAAAGACUACGUCAAGCUCAGGAGAGUGAUGAAAAUAGACGACAUAGGAAAGAUCGUUUUGAAGAAUUAUAUGAAGAGGUUGAAGAACGUAAAUCAUUUCUUGACAGAAUGGAAUCAAUAGGAAAAGGAAAGGAAUAUAGGCAUAUAAUAAACACGGAAAUAUCCCGCCUUAUCAGAGAAAUGGAAGUUAUUGAUCGUAAAAGAACCAAAAAGUUAGAAGAAGCUCUCCGUGAACAGGGACAAGACAUUUAA